AUGAGUGAAGGACAACUUCCAGGCUCGCAUGUAUUAGGCUCGCAAUUAGGCGUUGGUGUGCAAAGCGCUAGUCUUUACCGUCCGCAGGAAAACUAUAGUACAAAGAAAGCACAAUGGCUGCGGUCAGUGGACGAUACGCUGCCCGAGGGGGCACUGAACCUUCAUGUAGUAGCAAAAAAUGUGCUCUGUGACACUGCUAUACGGUAUAUUUCCGACGACAAGAUUUUGCAAGAAUCAGACAACGACGAUGAUCUCAUAGCUAGUGAUCUUGAUGAAAAUAUGGACGAUCUGCAGAACACGUCUAUAGUGGUGAAUCCGGUGGCGCCCGCGGUACCGAAACAUGUGCAUUUUUUCAAGAAAGUUGACAUUGAUAAUGACCCGAUGUUCAGCGUCAAUUGCUACGUGCCGGUUCCACUCCAAGAUUACAUCCCUUCUGACUUGCUGCAUAACUUGAAGGGCUCAUCGCAAGAAGGCGCCAGUUCCUCGAAAUCGAGGCAAGAUACCCCUUUCUGGGACCCAACGGUGGCUAAUCGAUUGGAAAUUGAGCAUAUCCAAACGGCGUCUGACCUAAGAAACUAUAGGGACGGCACCGAGGUUAUAGCAUAUGCUUCAGGCAAAACAAACUCCUUGCUCAACGUGGGCGUCUUGACACGACAGGAUACUCUGCAUUUGAACCGACAUAACAACGUAACAAGCAUCGAGCUGCAUUCGCCCAUCAGGAGCAUCAAGAUACCGAGAACUUCUGAAUCCAUUGGGCGGAGGUCCAAUCUGGUCGGUGUAAUCACUGAGAACUCAUUCCAAAUCUUUAGAAUAGAAAGCAUUCAUUCAAAGUCGUGCGAUGUCGUGAUCACCAGUUCGGAGCCGCUGUAUUUCGUUGAGGUAGACGAUAUGCAAAUAGUGGAUUUUGCAUUUAAUCCUUGGGACCUACAGCAAUUCGCCACCAUUGAUGUAAGAGGGAACUGGAACAUCGGAAUGAUACCGAAAAACUUCAACAAUAAUAAAAGAAAACUGCAGUUAAUAGAUAACCUGCACGGUACGAUUUUCGACCCCGAAGAAUUAUCGUCGUGGAAAAAAAUUGAAUGGUUUUCACAGUUCCAAAGAAUACUGGUGUUUGACAGAUCCAAAAUGAUUGAGAUCGAUUUUAUAAACGGCUGGCAAGCAGAAGUCGUGCAAGCAAAAACGUGGUCUAAUAUACGCGACUAUAAGAGAGUAGACGACGAAAAUGGCAUAUUGCUCACUUCCAGAGAAAUCAUCAUCAUGGGCGCGUCAGAAGCGAAUGACGCCGUUAGAAGAAUAUCAUGGAAGCACGAUCUGGACCCAGAUGAUACGACGCUCAAGGUGGCCAUUCAAAAAGUUAAAAUGCUCGACCGUCUACUCCUGGUGGCUUUUGUAUACUCGAUGCGACAUAAUCACAUCUAUGUCCAUGCAUUCUCUCGAAAAAAAUCAAACUUAUUUCAGUCCUUAGGAUAUUCAACAGUGCUUGAAAUUUCGAAUGGGGCCUCUACUGGUAUAGAGGUGAUUUUGACGCUGGACGAAAUAAACGGGGAAGAACAAGGGGAGCGGGAAGACAACGGGGAUAACAAUGUUAGAGUUGUAGUGAACUUUUCAAUCAAACUAAGGAACUCAUCCAAGAUUUACUACUACACUUUAUCGAAUGCUCAAACCUCCAAGUUCAAUGAACAAGAAAAAUUUGUGGCCGGAGACUGUAACGAGUGGACCCUACUUUUCAACAACGCUGAUAGCCGUGAAAUGGAGAGUAUUGGUGCGUUGAUAUCUCAAAUCAAGAUGAAAGAAAGCGAGCAUAUAUCUCGUAUCCAAAGUUUAGUUGAGGAUGAAAACAGUCAUGGCGAAGACAAAUAUCUUCAAGACUUGGGGUAUCGUCUGUCUAUGGCCACGAAUGAACUGCUUGAAUCCUGGGAGAGGACUAGAGAUGAAAAUAUCCGUAGUGGGUCGAUGAGCUAUUCAAAAUUGGAAAAUCUCGUUGAAGACUCGAAUUCCUUUACAAGUAUACCAGAAUUUGUUUCAUUGUUAGAUCAAUUUUUUCGGUAUUAUAAAGACCAAGAUGUCGCAUUUCUUGAGUUCAAGAAACUGCUACGCUUCUUCUUACACGAAGACGUUCCUGAUCUGGAUAUAUUCUACAAUAAACUACUUCAAUGUUGGGUUUUGGUAUCUCCACAGGCUGGACUGCUCACAAAGGAGAUAGUAAAAGACAUUGUCUGGAGUCUGAUAAGACUCGAAGAGCCAUCACUUUUUGAACCGAUUCAAAAGGAGAUUACGCAAUCGUUAAGUAAACCUUACCAGGAUAUCAUCGAUUCAUGGGAUAUGGAUGCUCCGGAAGAAGAAGAUGAAUCAAAUGAGUUUAAUUUUAAUAGUCAAUUUUCAUCAACACCCUUCAAUGGUAGAUCUCAAUUUAAUUUGAAUUCGCAAUCUCAAAUCCCCACGAUUAAAUCAUCUCAAAACAAUGGAUUAACAAGGAGGAAAAGGAUACUGAAGACUCAGACGCAAAAGGUCGCUUCAACAUCUCAAUCUACGCAAAAUUUAAGCAUUCUGCCGGAUUCAAUGACCCCUGCAUUCACACUAAUGCAACCUCCUUCUUCACAAAUAUCGUUUGUAAGUGAUUCGCAAACUCGUAGCUCUCAAAGAGCAAGAAAGAAGAAGAAAAGGAUCCGUGGGUUUGGAUAG